AUGGCUUACCAAUCGAUUCAUGGAAGUUAUACAUACAGCACUCCAUCCGAUCAGGUGCAUAGUAUGGACUCGAACUAUACUAAUACAGACGGCCUUCCAUUAAAUCAGCUAGUUAUGAAUUCGGAUUGCGCGGACAUGGAUCAACCAAUUUGCAUGGGUUCCAAUGGCAUCUAUUCCUAUCCACUCUGUCAAGUGUAUUCGCAACCACCCAGUCAAGUUAUUAUCCCUUCUAAUACCGGUCCUUUCGACAAUAAUAACGUCUACACGGGUGUAAAUACACAGUUGAAUUCCGCGCAUUACGGAUACGUUGAUGAGAACCGAGUCAACUAUUCAACGAUGAACGGUGAUUUGACCAGUUACAAUCCACCCGCGAUCCAAUAUCCUCUCCCCCAAACAUCGGGUCAAAUACCACCUACUCCUACUCGUUCCAACAACGCUGCCAUGACGACAAACGCUACUAGUCAUGGAUACGUAAUAAUUAUUGUGAAGGCAGAUAUUAACCUGGAAAGAUUAUUGUCUAUUAUUCAAUAA